AUGUUUGACAACGAAAGCGUUGCUGCGUCUUCGACUGGCAUGAUGACCCCUACAUCCACUGUCGCUGGUGAAGCGAUCAAUGUUCAGAAACACGAACCCACAAUCACAAUCCGCCUGACAGUAAAGUCGUCCCGCGAACUCAAAAACCUCGAAAUCAAGCUUCGUCGAAACAUGUUCUUUGGAGAUCUGGUCCGGAUACUAAAGUCCAAAUUCGAUCCCAUUGAAAAAUGUGUUCUGCAACUGGAUGUUGCUCCAAAGAGAUCGGUUGCUAGUCGAUGGCGGAUCGUCUUCGAUAGUGAUACGCCUGCUUCUGUAAGACUUGCCGCUGUUUGA